AUGUCGAAUGCUUCACCUGGUUGUAAAGCACCGAACAUGCGGGUCACUGUUAUUAAACCAGAAUCGGGGACUGAGCGGCCUUAUGCAAAAUUUGAAACCACACCAGCCAAUUUACCAGAAGACUUCACCACAGUGGAUGUUGAAUAUGUUGAAAAAAUAAAUAUUGACCUGACUUCCAACUCAGCGGCUAAUGAUAACAAAAUGGCUGUAGUAAAUCCAUAUAAAAUUGAUGUGGAGGGAGAAGAGCAUACGACAGCUUUAAUUUCUGAAGAUACAGCCGCAAUAGAUGAUGAAGAAGAGGAUGAUGUCACUGAAACGGAAGAUACGGCACACAAACGUCUAAAUCAUAAUCGAAAAUAUAAUAAAAAACGACGCUCAGGUUCUAGUCGUCGACGUCGCAUUGAAAAUGAGAAUGGUCAAAGCCGCGGUCGUGGCAGCCGUUAUAAGCGACAAGUCAUACAUCAUGACCCAGAUGCUUCUCCCGAGACAGACAAAUGGAGUGGCAGUAAGUUGGCAGCUGAAGGCGAUGUCUACUAUGUACACAUUGAAGACAUACUAAAAUCCCAAUCACCAAAUGCAGAGUUGCGGUUAAAAUUGCAUAAAUUAAAAAAGAAAUCAAAGCAAACAAAAUGCAGUGCGAAUGAGAAUAAAGAACAAUGCAAGAAAGCGGCAGCGAAAAAGAAGAAGAAAAAGGUUAAUGCAACUGAUGUUGAGGGAAAACUCGCAACAAACAACAAGAAAACGCCAAAGACUAUAAAACAAGAAAAACAAGAACAACAACAUCAUCGUAGACGUGGCGAUAGUCAUGAAGAUAAACAGGAACGUGUACAUGAACAUCAGUUACAAAAACGCGAUGUUAAUCCAAGAUGGCAUAAUACUGUUAGUUUCGACAAUGACACACAGCAACCGCAACCCAUUGAUAAUGGCUUUGAGGAUGAUGUAGAUGAAAUUACUGCCGAUGCUGAUGCCGAUACCGCUGCCUCUGCCUCUGUCUCAGCCACAGAUGUCGCUGAUAAUGCACUAAACGCUGAGAUAUUAAGUGCUGAUAAAAUUUACAUCAACAUGACGAGCGAUGGCCUCCAACGCGUCAAACGCAAAUCGGGUAAAACCACAGGCGCAUUAAGUCGUCCGAAGGGUGGCGGUGAUUCCAGUUCAAAGACCACUAGCCGUAAGGAUAAGGGCAUUUUCGAUGAAGAAGGUGGCUAUGCGCCUGUUCAUCCGGACGAUACUGAUUCAGGAGAAGAAGAGGAGGAAGAUGAGGAGGUCGACAUAGAGCAGCAAUUUACUGAAGUUUCUGAAAUUCGUUUCCCUGGUGAGAUUGGACCACUUGGUGAUCGACGUCUGUGCAAAAUACGUUGUAUUAAAGGCAAAUGGGUCGGACCGUUGUGCGCAACCAAUGAGGAGGAUGAUUAUGGAAAUGUGAACUUUCAGCCCUUAUACAAAAGUUGCAACGUUAACCGAAUACCACCUUACUUACUCUUAAGCUAUCGCAAUAUAUCAGUGGUAAGUUCAACUCUGAAUAUAUAA